AUGCGCUCUUUGGCGAGAAGUACACGGCCACUGUGCGCGUCGCUUGUGCCUACGAAGCACGCAUGUCGCAUAGGAGCGUUAAAUGCGACUGCACUGCCAACAUGGACGCGCUCCUUUCACGCGUCUGCAAAUUUGAGGGUUGUCGACCUCGCAUAUCGGCUUCAUGAUGACUCCGGCAAAGCCAAAGGUGAUCCAAUUGUCAUGAUACAUGGCUUGUUUGGAAGCAAGAGGAAUAACCAGAGCGUUGGAAAUGCAAUCGCACGUAUCCUCAAACGACCGGUAUACGCCAUUGACACUCGCAAUCACGGAGAUUCGCCCCAUGAGAAAGUACACACGUACACGGCGCUCGCCGAAGAUGUAGAGGCCUUCCUCCAAAAGCACGAGCUGAAGAGUUCGACACUCAUAGGGCACUCCAUGGGCGCAAAGACAAUAAUGGCUAUGGCUCUCAGGAACCCAGAUUGUUGCGCAAAUAUAAUACCCGUCGAUAAUGCUCCCGUAGACGCUGCGCUGUCCAGUGACUUUCCCAAGUAUGCGGAGGGAAUGCAACAUGUGGAGAAAUCGAAACCCAAGAGCCAGAAGGAGGCAGAUAAGCUAAUGGAGCCAUACGCCAAGGAUCUUGCAGUCCGCCAAUUCCUUCUCUCAAACCUCGUUAGAAGCGACCCUGGAGAACCCCUAAGGUUCCGAAUUCCUGUCAACAUCCUCACCAAGGCGUUGAAUAACAUGGCCGACUUCCCCUUUACCAACCCAGAUGAGGCCUCAUUCAACAAGCGUGCGUUGUUUAUCCGCGGAACAAAGAGCCACUAUGUGAGCGACGAGACGCUUCCAAUCAUUGGUCGCUUCUUUCCUAGAUUUGAGUUGGUUGAUAUUGAAGCUGGCCAUUGGGUUACUAGCGAGAAGCCAGAGCAAUUCAUCAAUGGUACAACAUCUGGGUAUACUUGA